UCUGCGAAAGCUUAGGGAGACCAAAACAAAACAUUAAAAAAACCAAAAAAAAAAAAAAAAAAAAAACAGAAAUAGGUCAUCUCUAACCUUAAACCCCUCAAUUUCAUGUGUCGGAUCCUGUAAUUCGGAUCCCCAGGACCCGCUUCUAGAACCUCGUAGUUCCAGUCGUUCGAUCCGGUUCGGAACGCCAUGACCCGGCGUUGCUCGCAUUGCAGCCACAAUGGCCACAACUCUAGGACCUGCCCCAACCGGGGGGUCAAGCUUUUCGGAGUCCGAUUAACCGACGGGUCGAUCCGAAAGAGCGCUAGUAUGGGCAAUCUCACUCACUAUGCUGGCUCCGGGUCCGGACCCCUCCAUGCCGGGUCCAAUAACCCGAGUUCUCCCGGUGAAACUCCUGAUCACGCCGCCGCCGCCGCCGACGGUUACGCCUCCGAGGAUUUUGUUCCUGGCUCUUCUUCUAGUUCCCGUGAAAGAAAAAAGGGAGUUCCAUGGACUGAGGAGGAACAUAGAAUGUUUUUACUUGGAUUGCAGAAGCUGGGCAAAGGUGAUUGGCGUGGAAUUGCAAGGAAUUAUGUUAUAUCAAGGACACCUACUCAAGUGGCCAGUCAUGCUCAGAAAUAUUUCAUCAGGCAAAGCAAUGUGUCUAGGCGGAAAAGACGGUCCAGCUUGUUUGAUAUUAUUGCAGAUGAAGAAGCUGACACUCCAAUGGUACAGCAAGACUUCUUAUCAGCUAAUCAGCAGCUACAAGUUGAAACAGAAGGCAAUAACUCAUUGCCGGCUCCUCCACCCCUUGAUGAAGAGUGUGAAUCCAUGGAUUCCGCUAACUCAAAUGAUGGAGAUUCUGCACCAUUAAAGCCUGACAACACACAAUCUUCAUACCCCUUACUAUAUCCUGCAUACUAUUCUCCAUUCUUCCCUUUCCCUCUACCCUAUUGGUCAGGAUACAGUCCAGAGCCCACCAAGAAGGAAACACAUGUAGUGCUGAAGCCAACUGCUGUACAUUCUAAAAACCCAAUCAAUGUCGAUGAACUGGUUGGCAUGUCAAAACUGAGUUUAGGAGAGACUAUUGGUGACUCUGGCCCCUCCUCUUUGUCUCUAAAACUUCUUGAAGAAGGACCCUCAAGACAGUCAGCUUUUCAUGCAACUCCAGCAUGUGGCAGUUCAGAUAUGAAUGGCAGUGCCAUCCAUGCAGUUUAAGUGUGUCUUGUGUUUUGAGGAGGGCACUUUUCUCUGAGCAUUAUCUAAGCAUUGCAAGGCUCAUGAACGUGGUCUUGUGUUCAUCAUGUAUCUGGUUGUGGGAUGAUAACCUUUAAUAAUUUUUUCUUUGCCCAUUCAUAGGGAUUAACCUAGUUUGUUUCUUUGCUGGUAGGCAGUGGCAGUAGCAUCUAGGAAACUUGGGUCUAAACCAAAACUUUAUGUUUGUUCAGUAAUUUCAUUUCUCAGGGUUAUGUAAAGUUGAUUGUGCA